UGUCCAUGGUUGGUUGGAUGACUUCCUGGUUUGUCUGCGUCACCACCCCACUCUCCAUCUGAUAUUAGCAUGGUCUUGGGUAUGAGGUUGUCCGUCUGGAGAAUUGGCUGACGGCGGCAGGUAGCAACUGUGCUGAGCUGAACUGUCGCAUAGUCGGCAGCGCCUCAUCGCGGCCAUGGACGUCUACGUACCACGUCAACAGCGUCCGGUAUACACGGUCGUCCUUUCCCAACAUCACCCCAUUGUCUUCAGGAUCCCUGCGGAUCUGCAACAUCGACCUGGAUCGUCACACAGGCACAUUCAGAUGUGAAGUACAGGGUGCAGAUGGCACUAGUGCUUACAAGGAGCUCAGAGUCACCCGGGCGCAGCUCCAGCAGUUUGCUCAGACGACGAACACGAGGCAAGAAUCAUCUUUGAGAGUGACCAACUUUGGAUACCGGAGGCGUAGCAGCUCCCUAUCCGGUCCAGUCUGCACCGAUUUCACCUGUAUGGCGUCAGGUGGAUACACUCCAGUGCGUUACACGUUUAAUUUCCCGCCGCCGUCAUCGGCAUUCCAGAUAAGAAACAACGUGUUGACCUAUUGCAACUGGUGUCCGGUUCCCCCUGGAACUUACAUGUGUUCGGCCAGCGACAACAGCGGUGCUAGGUCAUCGAGAAGCCUUUCACUAUCAGGUUCUUCUGGCACUGCGUCGUAUGGCAUCUCGCUCAGAAAAGAUGGCAACUGCCUUUUGUUCACAUGUUGCCCACGCAGCCGAGCUCAGGCCACCGCCGUAACCAUGACGAUCAACAACCGCAGGGCCGCACAGGAUGCACGCUAUCGGCACAUCGGCAGCGGCGCAAUACGCAUCUGCGACAUCAACUACAACCAGGAUCAAGGACAGUACAGCUGCAAUGCUAAUGGUUUCCGGUAUAGGCGGACUUACUCCAGCCAAAUGCUGCGUUCGAUGAUGGGAGUAACAGAAGCGCAAGAGCCGGUCCGGGAAACCUCAUCAUGCGUUCGAGAAGUGCAACAAAUAAUCCUACUCAAUACCAACCUGCAAGCCUGCAGAAGCAAGUUGGAUCAAGUCAGAGGCAUUGUUAGACCUUGUACAUAGAAUUCGACUAGACUUCCAUUCCCCCUACGUCUGUGCAGUAUGCAAUCCACGCUGUCACUCCAGCUUUGAUGUGUAGACCAUUUCUCCUCCACUACAGCAACUCGCGUACUCCUGCUCCCCUGCAUUCAGUCAAUACCGACUACGUGCUCUGAUAAAUCACGGCAUGUGUUUGCCAUGGUUCUGCCUGCGAUAUUCAUAGUUCUGUGGGUGCAUUCCCUUCAUCAUUCUCGUAUUCAGUACAUUCAAGUCAGCACCAGUACGUGGUAUUUUGUCACUGCCAAACUAAUGAUGAAAUUCUUCACUUGUUUCAGCGUACUUUUUCUUCACCACGUUUUUCGUCAUUUUAGACCCAAUUAUUUCCCGUCAUAGAAUACACGUCAUGCACAUGUAGUUACUGUUGUCAUCACUACAAAUCAAUCAAUGGAUAGACAGCGGCCGAAGUCCGACUAAGCCUUUUGUUCUGCAGUUCA